GGCGCUAAACUUUUUGUGUUUACAAAAUUUUUGGAAAAAUUUCUUGCUGUUCAUAGAUUAUAUUUAUUAUGUCAUCUUUAAGAAAAUCAGUUUUGAAAAAAUCGCUUAGAAACUCUGAGAAACCUUCAGAUAAAAAUGAAAGAAGUGCUUUAGAUAAGGAAUUGAAAGGGAAAGAAAACAAUGAAAACAGAAAAUUGGAACUUUCGAAGUUUUCACAUCAAUCAUUGGUGGAUAUUGUUGUUGAGUGCGAGCUAAAAUAUAAAAGAUUAUGUUCUAUUGUAGAACAAAUGAAAUCUGAGGUCAAUGAGUUAAGAAACAUGCAUGUAAAUGAAAGAGCAGGAUUGGUUGAGACAAAAAAAAAGCUGCUUGAAAAUAUUUUUGUAGUAGAAACAGAAAAAUUUGCAAUUCAGGAUAAAAAUCGUGAGCUAAGUGAUCAAGUUGAACAACUCACAAGUCAAGUUGAGACACUAAAAAAGCAAAUAGAUGAAUAUCAAGCUAAGUCUUAUAAGGCAAUCCAAGACAAAAGUUUUUCUAGUAAAACAACUACUCCUCAAUGUCUUUCACGGGCAAACCGACGAAAAGUUAUUUACGAGAAGCUAUUUGUUGCACCUAUUAAAACUUCAAAAGAGUUAAUUUAUGAAAAUGCUAUAUUAGACCUGCAAGAGAUUCUUGAUUUCUAUUCACUACUGACCGGAAUAUCUGUUUGGAUAGAUUCAAGCCUAAACGAAGAAAUUUGCGAACAAGAUAUACCAAAUAAAUGCUUUUUUAACUGUAGAGUUCAAUUCAUUAAUUCACCGAUAAAUGGACACGAGUUUGGGAUGGUUAUGGAUUACACUGAUAAUAGUUUUGUGUUUGAACCAAAUAAAUUGGAAUCUAACCAAAACUUUCGCGAUAUCCUACCGCAAGUUUUUUUAUCGGAAUCAAAAUAUAAUAUUGACGAUGGAUUUUUGUUUUUAAAAUGGUAUUUUACACAGCUCUCCAAUGUUAAAUAAAUUCAACCUCUCGAUAUAAACUAUGCAACUUUUA